AGGUCCUCAUCAAGUAUGCUGUGCCUCCCUUCUACAGAGUCUGCCCCUGCGGCCGCUCCUGCACCUGCACCUGCCCCCACGGCUGCCCCAGCCCCGGCUCCUGCACCUGGUGGAGACAAGCCACCAGGGGAGGGGGGCGAAGGGCAGGAGGAGGAGCCACCUGCACCACGGCCUAUAGUGAUAAACAGGUAUGCGGAUCAGCUCCUUCGUGAUAUUGCCCUACGAAUGAAGGAGCGAACAGAUAUCUACAAGGAUAAGGUUAAGGACCCAUACGACUCUUCCCCUGAGAGGAGCCUUCCAGCCACGCCACUGUACACAAAGGAGGAGUAUAAACUCAAACUGGAGGAAGACAAAAGGAGGCAAGAGGAAGCGGAGCAGAAGAAGAAGGAGGCAGAGGAAAAGAAAAAAAAGGACGCAGAAGAGAAGAAGAAAAAAGAUGAGGAGGCAAAGAAACAGAAAGAGGAGGAGGAAAAGAAAAAGAAAGAGGAGGAGCCACCAGAAGAGGCCAAACCCAUAGGAAAAUCCUUCUGCCCAAAGAUCUCAUGUACGUUUGUGGAUGUUCUCCUGAAUCCCAUAGAGGACAAGAUGGACAAGCACCUCGGCACCUCCGUGGACCCUUUCUCAGAUCGCCGCUACCUUGUCUGGUUGGGUGUGAUCUCCACUGCCUUCAACUACAACCUCUGGUUUAUCACUGCUCGCAUGACCUUCCCUUACCACACACCAGAGGCCAUCCCUAUCUGGUUCGCAUUUGACCUGAUUGCAGAUUCCAUCUACAUCUUCGACAUGAUCUUUUUCCAGCAACGCAUGCAGUUUGUGAAGGGCGGUGACGUUAUAUAUGACAAAGUUCAAACGAAGAAACACUACAGGGAAUCCAAAAAGUUCCAGUAUGCACUGUUAUCCGUUGCGCCCGUUGACCUGCUCUACAUCCCCUUUGGGUUCAAGUCCAUUUUCAGAGCCAAUCGCCUGCUGCGGUCCGAGGCCUUCGAUGAGUUCAGUGACCGGCUGGAGGCGUACAUGACCAAGGCCUACAUCUGGAGAGUCACCCGCACCAUUGGCUAUCUGCUUUUCGUUCUGCACAUCAAUGCCUGUGUCUACUAUGAGGCUUCAGCCUAUGAAGGUAUUGGAGCCACCAAAUGGGCCUACAGUGGAAACGGCAGUGCGUACCUGCGCUGUUAUUAUUAUGCUGUGCGAACACUUGUCAAUAUUGGAGGACUUGAUGAGCCACACUCAGUCUUUGAGAUCUCGUUUCAGUUGUCAAACUUUAUCGUUGGUGUCUUUGUGUUCUCAGGCUUAAUUGGACAGAUGAGGGAUGUCAUCGGGGCAGCCACCGCUGGUCAGACCUAUUUCCGCAACUCCAUGGACAACUGUAUGUCCUAUAUGGUGAUCAACAAAAUUCCCAAGCUGGUGCAAGGCCGUGUGCGCACCUGGUACAACUACACCUGGGACGCUCAGGGCAUGCUGGAUGAGUCAGAGCUGCUGGACAAAAUGCCCCUGGUCAUGAAAACAGCCAUUGCUGUGGACAUUAACCUGACCACCUUCCAGAAGAUAGAACUCUUCAAGGGCUGUGAUGGCCAGAUGCUUGUGGACAUGUUACUGAGGCUCAAGUCCAUUAUCUACUUGCCUGGAGACUUUGUGGUGAAGAAGGGAGACAUCGGUAAGGAGAUGUACAUCAUCAAAUCAGGGGCUGUGCAGGUGGUGGGAGGUCCAGAUAAUUCCAUCGUCUUUGUAACACUGAAGGCAGGAUGUGUGUUUGGGGAGAUCAGUCUGUUGCAGUCAUCAGCUAAUGGAGGCAACCGCAGAACAGCAAACGUAAAGGCCCACGGCUUUCUCAACCUCUUUGUGCUGGAGAAGAAAGAUCUGUUUGACAUCCUGGUCCACUACCCAGCGUCCCAGAAGGUGCUGGCCAGGAAGGGGAAGCUACUGAUGAAAGCGAAGGGUCCGGCGGCUGCCAAGGCGGCAGAGGACAAGAAGAAGGGACUGACUCUGUUCGGACCCAAACCCCCCACCCCAAAGUUUCUCCGCCUUUUCGGCGCUGGACUUAACAAACAAAGCCUCUUGGAAAGGAUGAAGGCUGCUGCUAAUUCAUCAUAAAUAUCCAAACCAUGAACUCCGGUGACCAAAGAAACUAAAGAUUUCAGUGUGCAGUAUCUCAAUACCACAAGAUGAAAUCGGCUUUUUUCAGUUGUAUGUGAAUAGUAUUACAUGUUUUGGGAGGCUUUGUGAAAAAAAACUGCUUGUGCUUAGAUGAAUGUAAAGAGUGAAACAUGAUAUCAGAUACAUAUGUAAAAGCUGUGUCUGAGUUCACCAUAAGCUGGUGGUAUGUUUCAUAGUGGUAUGUUUGUGUAAAACUGAGGGUUACAGCCAUUUAUCAGCUCCACUUUGAGAAGUGGGUGAACCACAGUGUUUGAGAGGAGAACAGUGCCCAUUAGAAUAAAUUAAAUAUACUAAAUAUUUGUAUAUAUUUAAAUAUAUGAAACCACAAGUAAUUUUUAUACUUAAGGUUGUAACACAUCAUGUUGUACAAUACACAUUUCAACAGAGAAAUAAAGAGAUUUGUUUUUUAAGAAA